GCAGGCGACGAAGCAGAUGGAGGAACGUCUGAAGGCAUUCAUCGAUAACAACCGCGACAUCGACACGUUGUCGGACGCGACGGCGCGAUUCGUUCACCACCAGGUGGUCGAGUUGGCGCGCGACUGCCUCGUUAAGGCUCAGGAGAAAGUCAUCACGACGCGCUACUUCUACGAGCUGUCCGAAAAUCUGGAGCGCCUGCUGGGCGACGCGCAGGAGCGGUCGCCUGCGGCAGGAGCGCACAUACACCAGCUCAUCAAGAAACUACUCAUCAUCGUCUCACGACCCGCCAGACUCCUCGAAUGUCUCGAGUUUGAUCCGGAGGAGUUCUAUCACCUGCUGGAGGCGGCCGAGGGUCAGGCAAAGUUCGAGCAGGGUGUCUCCAAGCCCGACGUUCCUAAAUACAUCAUCAACAAGCUGGGUCUCAACCGCGACCCGCUCGCCGACAUAUCAGGGGAGCUGAGGGACGACGACAGCGGCCGGCCGGACACUCCUGACACGGAUGAAUCCGGCUCGACGGGAGCGGAGGUGAAGCCUGCAGCACCAGCCCCGAAGGAGGACGACUUUGAGACGAUAAAACUCAUCAGCAACGGUGCUUACGGGGCCGUGUGGCUGGUGCGACACAAGGAGACGAAGCAGCGCUUUGCGUUGAAGAAGGUGAACAAGCACAACCUGAUCCUGCGCAACCAGGUCGACCAGGCCUACGCCGAGCGUGACAUCAUGACCUUCACCGACAACCCGUUCGUCGUCACCAUGUUCUGCACCUACGAGACAAAGCGCCACCUGUGCAUGGUGAUGGAGUACGUGGAGGGCGGCGACUGCGCGACCUUGCUCAAGGGCAUGGGUCCGCUGCCGCUGGACAUGGCGCGGCUGUACUUCAGCGAGACGGUGCUGGCGCUCGAGUACCUGCACAGCUACGGCAUCGUGCACCGCGACCUCAAGCCGGACAACCUGCUCAUCACGAGCGAGGGCCACGUGAAGCUCACCGACUUUGGGCUGUCGAAGAUGGGGCUGAUGAGCCUGACGACGAACCUGUACGAGUGCAACCUCGACAAGGACACGAAGCAGUUCACCGACAAGCAGGUGAGAGUGUGUGGGUAG